GCGCGUCACUUCCGGCGGGCGGCGGAUAUAAGCGGCAGGAUUUCCGCGUUCGCUCCUUUCCGGCGGUGACGACCUCCCCACGAGAACAUGCCCCUCGCGAAGGACCUCCUGCACCCGUCCCCGGAGGAGGAGAAGAGGAAGCACAAGAAGAAGCGCCUGGUGCAGAGCCCCAACUCCUACUUCAUGGACGUGAAGUGCCCGGGGUGCUACAAAAUCACCACCGUCUUCAGCCACGCGCAGACGGUCGUGCUGUGUGUCGGCUGCUCCACGGUGCUCUGCCAGCCCACGGGAGGGAAGGCGCGGCUUACAGAAGGAUGCUCCUUCCGGCGGAAGCAGCACUAGGAGCGCCCGGAUGCAGAUGACCGGACACUACCCCAAUAAACGGAUUUUGGAUACGU